ACUUUGUGACAGCUCUACUUGAAGGCCACAAUCAGGGAUUUGCCAUUUUCACUUCCCUCAAAGACGAAGAACAAUGGCAUCCCCACAGAAAAACCCUAAAGACCUGAAGACGAUGAUCGCUGACACCAAACAGGACAUGGAUGAUGUGUACAAGGCGCUGGAAAAACUCCGCAGUUUAUCCCACGAGGAGCGAGCAGAAACGGGCAUGCUGCGGUCAAGAAUAGACGAACAAUCCAACCUCAUUUGCAUCCUGAAACAACGGGCAGAUGACAUGCUUCUCCGGUGUCAAGCUCUGGACAAGAUCAACACCGAACUUGAGAGCUUGCGGGAUGCUGUGCAAAUUGAACUUGACAACGAAAAGAAGCGCUCUUCUCAAUUGGAGCAGAGGUUCAUGGAUUUGGCUUCAAACCACCAAGAACUCAUCAAAUUCAAAGACGAGUACAAACGACAUAAUGCUGCACUGCAAGUAGAAAAUGAACGUCUUCGGGAGGAAAACAAAACGCUGUUUUGUAAAGAGCUGCAAGAGAAAGAGACUGUCAUUUUGCAAUUAACCGAGGAAUUGAGGGAUCUCGCCCAAGAACACGUAACAUUAGAGGCUGAAUACCAGGAAAAGACAGCUGGGUUCCAAAGCAAACUCAGGGAACUUAUGAAUCAACAUCAGACCAACGAAGCUUCCUUGCAGCACGAAUUACAAGACACUCAAGAGCAGCUGAAGAACGCAGUUGAUAUGUGUGCAGAGCUGGACCUCAGACUGAAGCUUUCACAAGACAGAGACAACAAGCUUGAUGCUGAGGUGCAAGAGAAGCUCAACGCCUUGACCAAGGAGAAAGAGGAGCUGCUGGAUCUGUCGAUGCAGAGAGGGAAGAUCAUACUGGAGAAACAGGCCGAACUGCAAGAGCUGGAAAAUAAACGUCUUCAGGCAGACAACGCCAGAAUGGCCGCAGAGGACAGGUUUGAGAAAGAGGCCUCUGCCGUAAAUGCAGACCUGAAAGUGAAGGAGCUACAGCAUGCCCUUGACGUUGCUGAGAAGGCAUGUGACAGUAUUAAGAAGGAUUUUGAAGCUUACAAAAAGCACAGCUACAAUCUGCUUGCAAAGGAGAAGGAGCUAAAUGCCAGGCUCCGCCAUGUGACUGGUUGAGGACAUCAUCCUAAUCACCUUCAUCAUCACCUUCAUCAUCACUGUUCAUCAACAUCAUCAUGACGUGGUAUUUUUUCAUUUUAUUGGCAUUAAACACUGGCAUCAUAAUAGUGAUUACAUGAGUUAGUGUAUUCAGUUGUGUGAUAUACCUAUACCAGUUAAGAUGAUUUCACAGAUACAUUUUAUUUGAUAAAUAAUUAAAUAAUUAUUUGCUCAGGGCGAUAGCCCCUUGAGAUAAGAUAUCUUGUUUUCGAGGGGGUCCCCUAUCCUGCUAAAGAGUUGUGGGUAUUCAAAUCAAAUGACUGAAUGAAAUAGAACUUGCGUAGUUUCUGACGUUGGUUCUGAAUAAUGAAAAAAAAAAAGAUGAUGAAUGAGAAUAAUGUACAUAGAACGUCUGUAUGACGAGGGGAAAAAGACAAUGCUGAGCUCAUCAGUUUAGUCCAUUCAUCAUCUCACUCUUUUGUUGUUAUUGAUUGUUUCAUUUUAUUUUAUUUUUUUGCGUGGUUUUUUUUUUGUCCGCUCAGUUGUGACAGAGAAGUUCUCACAAACGCUGAUAAAUCCCCCAAAACCUCCCGGUCACUUUAACAGGGUAAUAAAGGCUCUGGAAUGUUUGUAAAACCAAGACGCUGAAGACGAUGACCAGUAUUUUUAAAAGGAGACUAUAAACACAAUAGUAAUGUCACGGCCCAGUUAUAGUUAAAUGGUUUUUACUCGUUUAAACAGUUUUCCGGGUCCUUUUGACAAGAGUUGUGACUUGGGUAGUAAAUAAAUAUAGCGGACAUGGAGAAGGCAGUAUGUAAAAAUGCAGUUUAAACUUAAGCCAUUCCUAGUGCCAAAGGAAUCAACAGUUUUAUGACAGAAUAGCAUUGAAACUUUUGUUUAUUUUUACUUGUAUUGUCUCCUAAGGUCUCAAUUUUCUCAUAUGACCGUGCCCAUGCUUGUUGCCUUUGGGUCCUUCUGUUUCAAUGGCCAAAAUAGUAACAUCUGUUUCUUUUCUUAACAAGAAAAUAUGACUGUGAGAGCCAGAAGGUUAUAUAUAACACUAUGAAGAGACUGUUGACGCUUCAACGGAGAUGAAGCGUUUAUGUGCACAGCAUUUUAAAACUUUGUUCCACGUUUAAUAAGAGUUUGGAUUUUGUUUCCUUGUUAGCGUGUUUUAGUUUGUCUAGUGAAAGUAUAUGAAUUGUGUAAAUCCUAAAAUGUUAUGGUAGAUGUCUAUUUUAUGGUUUGUGAGAUGUCUAAAUAUUUCCAUGUACAAUACACAGUACUGUAUAGUUGAAAUGGAAGUAGUGCUUUGUCCUGAUUUAAUGGCUUUGCAGUAUUUGUCCACUGGGGGUCACUGUAACAUCACCUAAGUGUUUCUACAUGGCUAUUUCCUAUAAUCACAAACUGUUACGGUUUUAGUCCUCGAUGACUUGCAUACAUGCUGAUUAUGUCUAAUAAAAACUUAAAAUGAA